GCCACCCACUCACCCCUCCCCUCGGGAUCUUCCCAGAUCCACCUCGUAGCCAGACCGAGCUCCACCUAGUUUUCCCCACUGGACCAAUCCAUCGAUCUCCACCAACCACAACGCCGACUGCCUCUUCCUUCCCGAUCCACCCAACCAUCACCUGCUUCCGCUGCGAUCCAUCCCGGUCCAACCAGCGAGCGCCCCUCCUCCUGCUUUGAUCCUCGAAGGGAUCGAGAGAGCUGCCUCCUUCCCUCGUUCUUCUUCCUCCCUUGCCUCUCUCUCAUAGCGUGCUCCCUCUCUCUCCCAUGUCUCUGCAGGAAUCAAGUCCCGCCGCUGCCUCAAGUCCACCCGAGGCCUUUCCUCCUCGUCGACGCUGCUCCUGUGAGCAGUAUCGGGAUGCCGCCGUCGUUUCGCUUCGUCUGGUAGCCCUGAGCAAGCGCCACAGCCGGAUCUACUCGAGCCCGCCUCGCCUUGCGCCUCAAGUCCCAUGUCCGCCGUGGUCGUGGAGCACAUCAGCGUUGUUCUCGCCUCCCUGCAGGAACCGAACUGCGCCGCCGCGCCCAGUUCCUCUGCCUCCUCUGCUUCUUCCUCGAGCCCGCAAGGGAAACAAGCACCGCGUCGCGCCCUGCUUCCGUCCCCGCCGCCGCGCCCUGCUUCUUCCCCCUCCUCGAGGAGAUGCCCUCGCCUCGAGCUCCAGCGCUACAAGGCCGCCUUCUGCAGUUCGUUUUCGCCGGAGUUCCCCAACACCAGCAGAGCCAUCGCCUGAGGAGCUCCUCUCCUGCGAUGUCUUCAUCCUCGCUGAGCCUCGCCAUGGAUGUUGUCGCCCUGGCCUCGGACCUGCCAAGUCCCUCGCCUCGCUGCCCCUUCACCCGCUCGCUGGAGCUCUGCUCCCAGACGUUCUCGCCGCCAAGGCUGUCGCUCUGAACCUGUCGCUGCCGUUUUUCUUCAGAGACGAGCAGAGGAGCUCGCCCGUUCCUGCGCGUGCGUUGACCGCGUCCAAUUGCUCGAUCUGCCAGUGCCCCGUCUCGAUCUCAAGGCCCAUUCCCUUCCGAGCCGGCCCCCUCUCCACGUCGCCCGCGCCCUUGACCUCAAGCCAGCCGGCCCUCUUGGGCCUCCUCCACCGACCAGCCCAUGAGGCAUGGUGAGAUGCCCCCAGCUCCUGUUCCUGCUAGGCCAGCCAGUUUCGGCCCAUGUCAUUUUUUUUCCGUUCUACGAAUUUGUCUUUUAUCCAGAGUACUGCAUAUUUACAGAAAACCCCUUAAGAAUCAUGCAUUUAAUAACUGUUGAACCGUGCAUCGGAUUAAAACAAACUUAAUAUGAAACUUGCUUAGAAAUUCAUCUAG